AUGGCAAUUCCUGUCACAGACAGGAAAACUCCAGAGCCUGUCCAUUAUUUGGGCCUCGAAACUGGGGAAGUUGAACGAUGUACCGUGGAUUGGACGUAUUAG